CAAAGUCACGGAUUAAUGUCGCACUUCUUGAGCGAGUAGAUAGGAUACUUUUUCCGGACCUGUGCGGGCUCAUCUUGCCUUCACGCACCCAGCUGAACAGAGGAGGGGCGUGGCCGAGAGCUAGCAGCCGACUGUGUGGUAACAGUCAAGUUUGUGUGAUUAUCUGGCUGAUCAUGGUGUCAGCACUGAAUGCUGCCUGUCUGCACGGUGGAGUGAAGUCAGAAAAAUAAUAUUGUGUGGGCUAAUCUGGGCAUCUAACGGUUCGUGAGGACCUCUAACGGUAUGCCGUUUGCUUUAAAGCAGAGCAAACCGGGGCUGAAAUGCGAACGUAGCCGUUAGCAAGCUUGCCAGGCCGCGGAGAACUGGCUGGCUGUAUCCUUCAUCCAUACAGGAGCAUAAAUGUUGCACACAGACCGAUCUGCCGACGUGGUUCACAACGCCGGAGAAGAUGCGCAAAGACCCAAGGUGGGGAAGACGUCUCUCAUCAUGUCUCUGGUCAGCGAGGAGUUCCCGGAUGUGGUUCCCUAUCGAGCUGAGGAAAUUACCAUACCAGCCGAUGUCACACCGGAGAGAGUUCCCACACACAUUGUGGACUACUCGGAGGCAGAGCAGACAGAUGAGCAGUUAUUUCAGGAGAUUUCCAAGGCAAAUGUGAUUUGCAUUGUCUACUCUGUCAACAACAAGAAAUCCAUAGAGAAGGUGACGAGCCACUGGAUCCCCCUCAUUACAGAGAACACAGACAAGGACAGCAGGGUUCCUCUGAUCCUGGUGGGGAACAAGUCCGAUUUGGUGGAGCACAGCAGCAUGGAGACCAUACUUCCGAUUAUGAACCAGUACAGUGAGAUAGAGACUUGUGUUGAGUGUUCAGCGAAGAACCUGAAGAACAUCUCAGAGCUUUUCUACUAUGCCCAAAAGGCAGUUCUCCACCCCACAGGUCCUCUGUACUGUCCAGAGAAAAAAGAUAUGAAGCCACUCUGUGUUAAAGCUCUCACUCGAAUCUUCAAAGUGUCAGACCUAGACAACGAUGGAAUUCUCAAUGACAACGAGCUCAACUUCUUUCAGCGGACGUGCUUCAACACCCCCCUGGAGCCCCAGGCAUUAGAGGAUGUGAAAAAUGUGGUGAGGAAGAAUUUGAUUGAUGGAGUGUGUGACAAUGGCCUCACUCUGAAAGGAUUUCUGUUUCUCCACACGCUGUUUAUUCAGCGAGGACGCCAUGAAACAACCUGGACAGUACUGAGGAGGUUCGGAUAUGAUGAUGACCUCGAGUUAAAUCAAGACUAUCUCUUCCCUCCAUUGAAAAUUCCCCCGGGCUGCACUACUGAGCUCAACCACAAUGCCUACCUCUUCCUCCAGAGCGUCUUUGACAAACAUGAUAAGGACCGUGACUGUGCCUUGUCACCAGAGGAGUUGAAGGACUUGUUUGAUGUUUUCCCCUACAUGCCCUGGGGCCCAGAUGUAAAUAACACAGUUUGCACUAAUGACCAGGGCUGGAUCACCUAUCAGGGGUAUCUCUCACAGUGGACGUUAACAACUUAUCUGGACGUCCAAAGAUGUUUGGAAUAUUUGGGCUACCUUGGUUACUCCAUAAUUGCUGAGCAGGAGUCCCAAGCAUCAGGAAUUACAGUGACCAGGGAUAAGAAGAUUGACCUGCAGAAGAAGCAGACUCAGCGCGGCGUCUUCCGCUGUAAUGUCUUUGGAGACAUUGGCAGUGGCAAGAGUGGCUUCCUCCAAGCCUUUCUGGGUAGAAACCUCAUGCGCCAGAAGACGCUAAAAGAGGAACACAGGUCCUACUAUGCCAUCAACACAACAUAUGUUUACGGCCAGGAGAAAUACCUUCUCCUUCAUGAAGUAUUUCCUGACUUUGACUACCUGUCUGACGCUGAUAUGGCCUGUGACAUUGUCUGCCUGGUCUAUGAUGUCAGCAACCCUUACUCCUUUGAGUACUGCGCCAAAGUUUUCAAGCAAUACUUCAUGGACAGCAAGACGCCAUGUAUGAUGAUUGCAGCAAAAUCAGACUUGCCGGAGGUCAAGCAGAUGUAUGGCUGCAGUCCUCUGGAGUUCUGUCGGAGGCACAAGAUGCCACCUCCUCAGACCUUCACCUGUAGCACAGCCUCAGCACCCAACAGAGACAUCUACACCAAGCUUACCACUAUGGCCAUGUACCCCCACGCCCGGCUGCGCUGCAUGUGCACCUGUAACCGGUGCACAUUCUGCUUGUGUCAGAACUUCCUCAACUCUGAGCUGCUGCAGACGGUCAGGGCCAAACUCUACGCUGUCGUACUCCGAAGACACGUCAGCCAAGCAGACCUGAAGAGCUCGACCUUCUGGCUGAGAGCGAGCGUUGGGGCCACAGUGUUCGCAGUGCUGGGUUUCGCCAUGUACAGAGUGCUGCUCAAAACACGGUGAUCCGCUGGCGUCCAGUCCAUCCCUCAUUACCCGUGGUACAUAACAGCUAUUUUGACCAGUCGGAACAUUUGGUUUUCCCAUAUUCAUUUUGUAAACUUUAUGAAAAUGUUCUCAUGGUUCUGUUGCUUAAAGAGCCCCCCCCCCCCCCCCCUUUUUUUUUUUUUU